CUAGAUUCGUGAUAUGCUGGAGAAUGAGGAGAAUAAUGAAAAUGCUGCCUUUGUUUCUUUAUGUGGGGAUAUUGACUUAACAGCCUUCAGUGAGAAUCCAAAUUUGAAAGACACAUGGGCUCCUCAGGUUUGUGAUAUGCUGGAGAAUGAGGAGAAUAAUGAAAAUGCUGAAUUCGGAGUGAAGGAGGUUGAGUACAUUCAAGCAGAGGUGAAGAUAAUAAAGUGUCUAGUGGAAAACAUUGUGGUAGAUAUUUCAUUUAACCAACUUGGUGGACUGUUCACCCUUUGUUUCCUUGAAAAGGUUAGUGCUUUAUCCUAGAAAUUGUCUACUCUUUUUGUCCAAAUAUUAUGA